AUGCCUGCUGAGUCCAUCUUUCCGGACUUUGUUCUCGGCCAUCCAAGGCAUCAUAAGACGAGACCCCAGGGAGUGCCUCACAAACAGAAGCCCAAGGCAAGACCGCCAAAGGGUGUGAGGGAUAAGGUUCCCUUCUAUGGCAAACUCCCGCACUAUGCUGGCCCCUAUGAGGUUGGCAUCAUCGACAUCGAAGUGCCUGCUAAGAGCCCUAGGACCUUCUCGAACAUCAAGCGCCAUGGCGUUCCCGCGCUUGCUCUCGAGACGGUGUUGAUGACCGUCUAUUAUCCCGCCCAUCUCAAUGUCAAGUACAAUGUCGAUACUCCAACCGCAAUGCAAAGGUUUCGUCCGACAUGGCUGACUCGACCGAGAGAUCAGACGAGCCGCGGAUAUGGGCGUUUCGCUGCGCUUCCAGAGCACCUGAUGAUGGCCUUCUUCUUCUGUACAACAUGGUAUACGAAAAUCCCGGCUUAUAAAAAUGCAAGACUGGCGGAGCAUUGGCCUCCACCCGGAGACGCGUCGACAGGGAGCCGAAAGGCGGUGGAUAUCGAAGGGAAACCACCUGAUCAAGGCCCAGAAAAGCCCAAAUUUCCUCUCAUCAUCUUCAGCCAUGGACUGGGAGGGACGAGGACGUGCUACUCUUCCGUCUGUGGAGAAUUUGCGAGUCAUGGCUUUGUGGUAGUCGCGCUCGAGCAUCGGGAUGGAAGCGGGCCGAGAACUCACAUCAAUCACUCCGACCACGGACCAGGAAGUCGGCAUUGUACAGAGGUCAACGGAAAGGUGGAGCACAAGGAAAAGGAUACUAAGAGGUCCUACGAUACGGUUGACUUCAUCUUUGCAAAAACCGACAAGUACGACACCACUCCCGGCCACCAGGUAGACCAUGAACUACGCAACGCUCAAAUUGAUCUGCGGCUGGCGGAGAUUGACGAAGCCUAUCAGGUCAUGCAAGAGAUCUGUGCCGGUGAUGGUGACAAAGUUGCAGCGAGGAACCUGAGGGUCAAGCCCGCGAUUGGUGCCUCAAGAGUCGGUCUGGAUGGCAUUGACUGGUCGUCCUGGAAAGAUCGAUUCUUCACCGAGGGCGUCACCAUGGUAGGGCACUCGUUUGGAGCGACGACGACGGUGGAGGUCCUGCGACAGAAACACAGAUACAAAUACAUCACUCAGGGAAUCAUCUACGAUAUCUGGGGGAUGCCGGUGCGCCCUACUUCCGAGGAGCGGGAGAGCCGCAUUCGCGUUCCGCUUCUGGGGAUCAACUCCGAGGCAUUCAUGUACUGGCCUGACAACUUCGACGUGGCAAAGGCAGUGAUCACCGAGGCCCUGGAGACGGGCCACCCAGCGUGGCUAAUGACUGUCCGUGGGACCGUGCACAUCUCCCAGUCGGACUUUUGCAUCCUGUACCCGCAACUGGCCAGCUACCUGAUGAAGACGACCAUCGACCCCGUUCGUGCCAUUGAUGUCAACAUCGACGCGUCUCUCGAGUUCCUAUCCCGCGUCAUGCCCAAGGAAGUGCACUGCGAGCAGCCCUUCCUAAGGCGGAUGAAUCCGAAGAAAUUUCUAGACCUCCCCGCCCUGGACGAGCUGCCGACCGAGCACCGACCGCACCAGAAAUGGACGGCGGUGCGGCUGCGGGUCCAGCACGAGGCGCGCAAACGGCUGACCCCCGGCGCGAGAAGGCGUUACUGGGAGAAAUUGCAGAGGUCGGGCGAAGGCGAGGUUUGGCUCCACAUCAACCCAGAUAGUAUGCCGGCGUUGGAAAAGUGCGAGACGUGUCGAAUUCCCAGGUGGACGGAGAUUGAUAGGCCCAAGUCGAGGGAAUGA